GAGAGACUCAAUAGAAAUAUGCAAUAACUAGACACCUGCAAAAUGAAGAAAGUAUUCACCGCAGAACAAAUUUCGGAUUGGUUCACCUCAGGAGCGACGUUUGCUAACAUUAAACUCACGGAGGAAGUGGUUGAAAGAAAGUUGGAUGAAGCGUCGUCGAAAGAGACCAGUCCAUCAAACGUUCCUGAUGAAGGCAGCCUGCAAAAUGGAAACUCUAAUGGAGGCCGGCUCCAGAGACCAGAAUAUGCACGGGGUACGGCUACUCCUCCACUUGCCAGCUACGAGUACCCAAGCUUGCCCAUAACCAAAAACAGACAGAAGCUGGUUUCCCUCAUAGAAAACAACUCUGUGGUGAUCAUACGAGGAGCCACAGGCAGUGGCAAGACCACCCAGGUGCCACAGUUCAUUCUGGACCACUACAAUAACAGAAAUUCUGCCUGCAACAUUGUGGUCACCCAACCACGCAAGAUUGGUGCCACCAGUAUUGCCCGAUGGGUAGCCAAACAGCGGAAGUGUUCCCUGGGUAGUCUGGUUGGAUAUCAGGUUGGACUGGAAAAGAUGGCUACUGAGCACACCCGGCUCAUCUACAUGACUACAGGAGUGCUGCUGCAAAAGCUGGUUGUAGCCAAACGCCUCACAGAGUUCUCCCACAUCUUUGUCGACGAGACCCUCACAGCUGACACCGACAACAACACGAAUGGCCGCUGA